AUGCCGAAGGGGUACGAGGACUGGUCGUACGGCGAGGCGAACCUCAUCAUUCCGGGCGACACCUACGAGGGCCCCGCGCGAGAAGACGCCCAGAACGUGAGCGACCCGCCGCUGCGCGAAAUGGCCGAGAUCCAGCUGCGCCGCCACACCCUCUUCCUGCACAUUCUGCGCUGCAACGGGGCGGUGCUCCCCCACGUGCGCCCGGAGCACUUCUUGGGGUACAACAUGUACAGGGAGCUCGUCAUAGCCUCCGAGAACAGAUCGCCAAGCGAAGAUACGGACUCCGCAGCAUCGCCCACGAGUCGCCUCAGCUGGCGGGAUAUGGCGAAGCAAUGGAAGACCCCGCUGCUGAGCGAAGAGGCAGACACGGGCCUGACCAAGCCGCUGGACCUGGGCCUGACGGUGCCAGGCCCCAUGCUGUCCCGCACGCGCCACCGCCAGCUGUCGCGGCAGGCCUGGCUCGACACCUCGCUG